ACGUUUUAGUGCAGUUGAUAUAUUAACAAAGCCGGGGAAAGAAUACUAUUCAGUUAAGAAGUUUGUCUCGUGUACAACGUGUUAAGUAUCUUCAAAAAAUAUACUUCAGUAUUUGGCAGUACAAUUAUUAUGUUUAUUGAUAAUAUUUCAUAAACAUUAAUAAAUAUGAUAAGCUAAGCAUUAAAAACAACAGGCACGAGAUUUUUAUAUUUUAAAGAUAAUACAUUUUUAUAAUAUAGAAAUUUAUAGAGAAGAUUCAUAAAAUCAUGAAUGGAACACAUAGUGAUCUUUUCCAACUAUUAUACAAUGAGAUAAAGACAGACAGUACAAUUGACUCGUGGUUACUUGUUAGUUCACCGUGGCCAAUAUGCAUUAUUUUAAUAUUGUACUUGACAUUUGUACUCAAACUCGGUCCAAAGUUAAUGAAAAACCGAGAACCGAUUAACAUUAAGUACAUAAUCCUAUUCUACAACUUAAUGCAGACUAUAUUUAAUAGUUACAUUUUGGCUUACCAAUUUAUUAGACCAGAAGUUUCUAGUUAUUUAUGGAACCAUGCAUGUCAUCCUGAUACUACUAAAAUAAACAUUAUAAAGGAGCUACAUACUGCUUCAUGGUACUUCGCAAUAUCAAAAAUCAUAGAUUUAUUAGACACGGUGUUUUUUGUAUUGAAAAAAAAACAAUCGCAUAUUUCAUUUUUGCAUGUUUAUCAUCAUGUUAACAUGGUAAUCACUUGUUUUGCCCACCUCAGAUUCAUCAAAAGUGAAAAUGCUGCGAUUGGAACCAUUGUCAAUUCAUUUGUUCACGUAGCUAUGUACAGUUACUAUUUUUUAACAGCACUUGGACCAAACAUGCAAAAACAUUUAUGGUGGAAAAAAUACCUGACCCGCAUACAAAUUAUUCAAUUUAUAUUUGGAAUACUUUACUGUGUCAGCCUCAUCGUAUUUAAUUGCACCUAUUCUAAAUUAUUUAUCAUAUACAUGUUGGCCGACGUAUUCAUAUUUCUUUAUUUGUUUUUAAAAUUCUAUAAAAAAACAUACAAACCAAAAAGCAAGAUUCAGUAAACUCAACAACUAUGAAGACAUUUAAAUACGUGUGUGUGUAUAUGUGUGUGUGUAUAAAAUUUAUAUUGUUAAUUUAUCAUAAAUAAGUAUAAUUAAUUCAAAAUUGAUUAAAAUUAAUACAAUUAUGAUUUGUUUUAAAAUGUAAAUUGACAUAUUAUUUUAUAUCGUCUACGUUAUUAUUAUGUUGAAAUUUAAAACUUAAUAAUGUUUAUUGUUAAUUAAUACAUAAGUUGGGAUUUCAACUAAAACAUUUAUUAUGUUUAUACUAGAAAUGUUGUUUAUUUAAAACUUUUUGUGAGUGUAAUGUUUAAAAGUCCUUAUUUACCGCAUUUGUAUUUUACAACGUGUAUGCUUCAUCAAUUACUUGUAAUGUAUUUAUAUAUUAUCAAAACAAAUAAAACCAUACAUUGAUUGAUAAAAAAAAUGAACUAAUACGUAAUGUAUAAUAUAUUAAUAAAUAAAAUAUAUUAUUGUUUUUA